AUGGAGGCUUCAUUUGCUUCAGUUAAAACUGAUCUGAUGAACAAUAACACUGCUGCAGCAGUAGAAAGGAUUCAAAGAUAUUUAGAAGAACCAAAUGAUAUUCCACUAAAUAUCGCCAUCACAGGAGAAUCUAAAUCUGGUAAAUCCACCUUUCUUAACGCCUUAAGAGGCAUAAAGAGCAAAGAUGAGGGAGCUGCCCCUACUAGUAUGACACAAACCCCCAUGGAGGUCACACCGUACCCCCAUCCAAACUAUCCCAAUGUUACUUUAUGGGAUCUUCCUGGAAUCGGCACCACCAAGUUUCCAGCUGAUGAGUACCUGGAGCUUGCUGGAUUUGAGAGGUUUGACUUCUUCAUCAUCAUCUCAGACACUCGCUUCAGAGAAAAUGAUGUGAAACUCGCUCAGGAGAUUCAGAAGAUGAAGAAAAAGUUCUACUUUGUUCGCUCAAAGAUCGACAACAACAUACGUGAUGAGGAAAGAAAGAAAGACUUCAGUAAAGAGGAGACUCUUAGAAAAAUCAGAGAUGACUCUGUUCAAGGACUCAGAGAUUUAGGCUUUGAGUCUCCACAGGUCUUCCUGGUGUCCAGCUUUAAACCUCACAUUUAUGAAUUCUCUGAAUUACAUGAGACCUUAGAGAGAGAACUUCCUGCACACAAGAGAGAUGCUCUGCUGCGUGCCAUGCCCAGCUUCAGCCUGAAGAUCAUCAACAAGAUUACAGUUUUUCAGUCCAGAAUAAAAUACUGGGCUACUCUGUCUGCAGCUGUAGCAGCUGUUCCAGUUCCUGGCCUUUCUGCUGCCACUUUUAAUCUCAGCAUGAUGGUUUCAGUUGUCACAGAUUAUGUAACUGGGUUUGGUCUUGAUAAGCAGUCUCUGGAGAAACUUGCUGCCAGCUCAGGAGGUCUGUAA